AUGCAAGCCAGCGGAGACGCCCAGCAGUCCCAACCUAGUAGCCUCCCGCCGCAGCCGCCGUCAACUUCACCGUCCGCCCCGUCAACCGUCCCACUCGGCCGGAAGAACAGUGCCGACGACCUGGUCGCCGAACUUACGGCGUCGCCUCCCGUCCACACGCCGUCAGACGCGCGUCUAUUAUAUCGCGAGUGGCGCACGGGCUCACACGUAGGCGCUGACCUCGCCCGCUUGGAAACCGGCGAACUCAGCAGUAGCAACAGCAUGAGCGAGGACGUCCUCAGUCACUCGCCCUUCGGUGUGUACGGCCGCUCGCCCAACUCGCUCCCGCGGAUCUCCGAGCGUCUCGAGAACCUACCGCUACGCGCCAAUGCGCCACCAGCCACGCCUAUGGCUCCACAGGACGUGGACGCCCGUGCGCGGCUCCUAUCGCAAAAGAUUGCCGCUAUGGACGCGGCUCAACCUGGAACAGCAGCGAUUGUAAAAUCCCAAUCUGGAUCUUUCGGCUCUGUAGAGUCCAGUGAGCCUGCUACAGGUAUCAAGAAAGCGCUGAGCUACCAGGCCCUAGCGGACCUGGAGAAGAAGGGAUACUUCCCCGUCGCACCCAAGCCGUCGGCUCUUGGCGUGCAACGAGGACUCAAGGACUCGGUGGUCAACGACAUGUGCCGCGCUGUCGUUAAACACAUGGUGGGCGACGUGUACGUGUCUGCGUCUGGCUCCUAUGGCCAACGCAAGGUCCUCAACCACCUGUACGAGCCCGUGUUCGCCUCUGUGCAGGCGCAUUUCCGUCGUCUGCCUGCAAGAUACGCGCUGUCCGUGAACCCGGAUGACGUGCCAAUGCACAUGCGUCUGCUUGCUCAAAACCAGCGAGACCCGACGGCCAUCGCAGUCAAUGCUCAGCUUAAGAAGGACGACAACGGAGAGAUCGUGCCUAAUGUAUGCGAAGUGGUGGUGGUGUCAUUGGACCGAGAGAACAUUCUGGACGCUAUUACACGCGCGCUGACCACGAUGAAGGGAAAUAUUUUGGACGCCGACGUGAUGACCACGUCGGACGGCACGCUACUGGAUCGCUUUGUGGUUAAGGGGUCAUUUAUGAGUGAAGAACGUCAAGAGGAGCUACGUACCAACAUCGAACAGAAUCUCCGUAGACUUAGUAUGGAAGAAGACCCACGACCAAGUGCUGCUAGCUCGCAGGACUCGGCGGUUAAUGAGAACGUAAGCCUGGCUGAAAAACUGGGUGUGUUGCAAAUGGUGGACAAGAACGAGAUCAAGGCGGAAUGGAAACUGGACCUCAACGAGGUGCGACUGGAGAAGGCAGUAGGCAGCGGUCGGUCCGGCAACACGUACAGCGCCUGGUGGCGAGGCACACACGUCGCCGCGAAGGUCGUCGACUCAUCUGCAAACACUCAAGCGGUUGGUGAAGAGCUGCUGAACGAAUUCCACCGCGAGGUGGCAGUUGUCAGCAAACUGCGCCAUCCCAACAUUGUGUUGUUCCUCGGAGCGGCCAUCAACCCGCCCCGUUACUGCUUAGUAUUUGAGUUCAUGGAGAAUGGCACGUUGACGGAUCUAAUUCGUGCUCGACGAGGACCCAUCGAUUUCUUCCGUCUCGUGUCAGAGAUGGCGAUGGGCAUGAACUAUCUUCACUUGUGUUCAAUUAUGCACCGAGACCUCAAGUCCGGUAACGUUCUCAUCGAUUCGCAUGGCACUGCCAAGAUCUCCGACUUUGGUCUUAGCUGUGUGCUGGAGAUCGGUAGCUCCUCCGACCUCACCGCUGAAACAGGGACGUACAGGUGGAUGGCCCCCGAAGUCAUUCGUCACGAGCCAUACUCUAGCAAAGCAGACGUCUACAGUUUCGGCAUUGUGUUGUGGGAGCUGCUGGCAAGAGACCAACCGUUUCGUGGCUUGACUCCAAUUCAAGCCGCUUUCGCCGUUGCUCGCCAGCAAAUGCGUCCUGCGCUGCCUCGCCAGACGCCACAGAAAAUCGGCGAGCUUAUUGAGCACUGCUGGCAUCACGACCCAGCUCGUCGACCCGACUUCGGGGCCAUUCUGGAGGCCCUGCCGCUGGUGAAAAAGUCGCUGAAAAAACGCGACUUCAAGAAUAUGGGAAUAUUGUACGUUGCCCCUUAA